AGGUUUUCUACUCAACUAGUGGUGACCAGUGCGUGACUUUUGUUCGAAAACGAAAGCCUCUACAAUUCUGUUUUCUCUCACUUCAUUCUCUCUCUCUCUCUAGAAUCUUCGUUGCGUUUUGGUGCUCUGCUUCGCCUUCGCGUUCUUCGUCGUCGUUUCAGCUCGUUCCGGGAUUCUAGGGUUUCGUGGAAGAUGACAACCAUGGAGAGCUUGAUUGGGCUGGUGAACCGAAUUCAGAGGGCUUGCACGGUGCUCGGUGACUAUGGUGGUGGUGACAACAACACCUUCUCUUCUCUCUGGGAAGCUCUUCCUUCCGUUGCUGUUGUUGGUGGCCAGAGUUCAGGGAAGUCUUCGGUUUUGGAGAGCAUUGUUGGUCGUGACUUUUUGCCUAGAGGAUCAGGGAUUGUGACAAGACGUCCAUUGGUAUUGCAGCUUCAUAAAUUGGAAACAGGGUCACAAGAGUAUGCCGAGUUUCUUCACCUGCCGAGGAGGAAGUUUACCGACUUUUCAUUGGUCCGCCAAGAAAUUCAGGAUGAAACUGAUAGACUAACAGGGAAGACGAAACAAAUAUCUCCCAUUCCAAUUCAUCUUAGCAUCUAUUCACCAAAUGUUGUCAACCUAACAUUGAUUGAUUUACCGGGUUUGACUAAAGUGGCUGUAGAGGGACAACCUGAGAGUAUUGUUCAAGAAAUUGAAGCUAUGGUGCGAUCAUAUGUUGAAAAGCCUAAUUGCAUCAUAUUAGCAAUAUCACCAGCCAAUCAAGAUAUUGCAACUUCUGAUGCUAUUAAACUUUCUCGGGAAGUUGAUCCCACAGGUGAAAGGACAUUCGGGGUGUUGACAAAGCUAGAUUUGAUGGACAAAGGAACUAAUGCUUUAGAUGUCCUUGAAGGAAGGUCUUAUCGUUUGCAACAUCCUUGGGUUGGGAUAGUAAAUCGAUCCCAAGCGGAUAUCAAUAGAAAUGUUGAUAUGAUUGUUGCUCGACGUAAGGAGCGCGAGUAUUUUGCUUCCAGUUCUGAUUAUGGGCACUUGGCCAAUAAAAUGGGUUCAGAAUACCUUGCAAAACUUCUCUCACAGCAUUUGGAGUCAGUAAUUAGGGCAAGGAUACCUAGUAUAACAUCUUUAAUAAACAAAAGCAUUGAGGAACUUGAAUCAGAGAUGGAUCAUCUCGGGAGGCCUAUUGCUCUUGAUGCUGGAGCUCAAUUAUACACCAUCCUAGAACUUUGCCGAGCAUUUGAAAGGAUAUUCAAGGAGCAUUUAGAUGGAGGGCGUCCUGGAGGAGAUAGGAUAUAUAAUGUCUUUGACAAUCAGCUUCCUGCUGCUUUACGGAAGCUUCCAUUUGAUCGGCAUCUUUCUCUCCAGAAUGUAAGGAAAGUGGUGUCAGAGGCUGAUGGUUAUCAACCUCACUUGAUUGCCCCAGAGCAAGGUUACAGGCGCUUGAUUGAGGGGGCUCUUGGUUACUUUAGAGGCCCUGCUGAAGCUUCAGUUGAUGCUGUUAACUUUGUUCUAAAAGAACUUGUGAGGAAAUCAAUAGCAGAAACUCAGGAAUUGAAACGCUUUCCAACAUUUCAAGCUGAACUAGCUGCAGCAGCAAAUGAGGCUUUAGAAAGGUUUCGUGAAGAGAGUAAGAAGACAAAUCUUCGGCUUGUAGACAUGGAAUCUUCUUAUCUCACUGUGGAUUUCUUCCGGAGACUUCCUCAAGAAGUGGAAAAAUCUGCAACUCCUGCCCCCGCAAACAUUGAUCGUUAUGCAGAGGGUCAUUUCAGGAGAAUUGCAUCAAAUGUGUCAUCAUAUAUAGGGUUGGUUGCAGACACGCUUAGAAUCACAAUUCCAAAGGCUGUUGUUUAUUGCCAGGUCAGACAAGCAAAACAGUCUUUGCUAAACCAUUUCUACACACAAAUAGGGAAGAAGGAGGGUAAACAGCUGUCGCAAAUGUUAGAUGAAGACCCUGCAUUGAUGGAGAGGAGACAGCAGUGUGCGAAAAGGCUUGAACUAUAUAAAGCCGCAAGGGAUGAAAUUGAUUCUGUUUCCUGGGUACGAUGAGCUUGGUGCUAACUGAGUGUCUUCCUAAUCUUGUAUGAUACCGAUCAGUUAUGGGUUGGCUGGACCCUGAUGUAAUCUACUUAUUUACUGCUCUUGUAGCGUUGUUUUUUUCUGUAGGGUAAGAUUGGAGUUGAUUUGGUUGUCUGAAUUGUAGUGUACAUCCACACAGAAUGAUGAUCUUCACUUUGAUAUGUAUAAUUUGUGUAUUCUUUGUAAUCUUAUUCUUGGUUGUUACAUUAUCGAGUCUUGAAUUUGGUGA